AUGGCUCCGCGGCUGCAGCUGGAGAAGGCGGCCUGGCGCUGGACGGAGACGGUGCCGCCCGAAGCCGUCACGCAGGAGCACAUCGAGGCGGCCUACCGGAUCGGGCUGGAGCCCUGCCAGCGGGGCGCCUGCAGGAGAAACUGCAGAGGGAACCCCAAUUGCCUGGUGGGGAUCGGAGAGCACAUUUGGCUGGGAGAGAUCGACGAGAACACCUUUCACAACAUUGACGAUCCCAACUUUGAGAGGAGAAAAAAGAAUGCCUUCGUAGGCCUCACCAACCUGGGGGCCACUUGCUACGUCAACACUUUCCUACAGAUGUGGUUCCUGAAUCUGGAGCUACGGCAGGCCCUGUAUCUGUGUCCGGUGGCCCGCCCUGAAUAUGUCACGGCGGAGAGCAAAGAUUACGAACCUCAGACGAUUUGCGAGCACCUCCAGUACUUGUUUGCCUUGCUCCAGAACAGCAAAAGACGAUACAUUGACCCAUCGGGGUUUGUGAAAGCACUGGGUUUGGACACAGGCCAGCAACAGGACGCUCAGGAGUUUUCCAAGCUGUUCAUGUCCCUGCUGGAGGACACCCUGUCUUCUCAGAAAAACCCGGACGUGCGCGACAUCGUCCAGAAGCAGUUCUGCGGAGAGUACGCCUACGUCACCGUGUGCAACCAGUGUGGGCGAGAGUCCAAACUCAUCUCCAAGUUUUAUGAGCUGGAGUUAAACAUCCAGGGCCACAAGCAGUUGUCGGACUGCAUCACCGAGUUCCUGAAGGAGGAGAAGCUGGAAGGGGACAACCGCUACUUCUGCGAAACCUGUCAGAGCAAACAGAAUGCCACCAGGAGGAUCCGGCUGCUCAGCCUGCCUUGCACCCUCAACCUCCAGCUCAUGCGCUUCGUGUUCGAUAGGCAAACGGGGCACAAGAAGAAGCUGAACGCUUACAUCGAGUUCUCUGAGCUGCUGGACCUGGAACCCUUCAUGGAAGACAAAGGUGGUGUCUUCGUCUACGAGCUGAGUGCGAUCCUCAUCCACCGAGGGGUGAGCGCCUACUCGGGCCACUACAUCGCCCACGUGAAGGACCCCCAGACGGGGGAGUGGUACAGAUUUAACGACGAAGAGAUUGAGAAGAUGGAAGGCAGGAAGCUGCAGCUGGGGGCGGAAGAGGAACUGGAACCCUCAAAAUCUCAGUCUCGAAAGCCCAAGUGCGGGAAGGGGAUUUACCGCUCCCGAAACGCCUACAUGUUGGUGUACAGGUUGCAGUCGCGGGAGAAGUCCCUGGCUGUUGAGAUCCCAGCUUUCCUACAGGAGCUGGUGGAACAGAACAACAGCAGGUUUGAGGAGUGGUGCCAGGAAAUGGCCGAGAUGCGGAAGCAAAGCGUGGCGCGGGGCCUGGUCAAGCACGAAGAGGUGAAGGAGCUCUACCAGAAGUUGCCUGCCGAAGCUGGUCUGUAA